AUGUCCUAUGGCCUUCUACAACCUACUAGAAGCAAGCAAGUUGAGGAGGUAGGAUAUGAACACUUAAAAGAAUUGGUUGAGAGAUCAAUGCUAAAUCUUUAUGUUUCUGAUUCUGAUUCCGAUGAUGAUCAGGAGGAUGUUACUGAUAUUUACGACGAAGAUUUCGGUAGUACCUUGGUGGAGGAAGAUGCAAGUUAUGUGAUGCAUGAUCUUGUUCAUGAUCUAGCAAGCUAUGUUGCUCAGGAUGAAUACCUCUGCGUGACAGACAUAAUGUUCGACUUGGAGAAAUCGAAGAACAAGAGGAGAGUCGAGGAUUCGGGCCAAUAUCUCUGGGUCCUUGACGAUCUUUUUUGGAAAUUGAAAUGCUUGCGAGCACUAGAUUUGGGCUACACCAACAUAACUGAGUUGCCAGAAUCAAUUGGCAGCCUUAAGUUGCUACGAAGUUUUUUGAUUCGAGAAACCGGAGUCAAGAGGCUCUCGGAAUCCAUAUGCAACCUCUACAAUUUGCAGACUCUGAAUUUUUCUGAAACAUAUUACUGUGAAGUUCCUAGACCGAUCGGGAAUUUGGAGAUGCAAAUUCCUUCCACCAUUAGGUCGACUGCCUUCUCUCAAAACUGUCCAUAUUGA